AUGAAGCUUUCCUUCGCCCUCGCCAUCGUGGGCACCGUAGCCAGUGCCCUGGCCACCGACCAGCAGGCCAUGGACAGCAGCGACGUGCCGCCAGCUGCUGCUCCCGCCGGGCAUCGCGUCCCGACCAGCUACGAGUCGGCCGUCAUGGGCCGCCGCAUCCUGGGCCUGAGCAAGCUAGGCAGCUUCGCCACCGUCUUCCCCAGCAAGAAGUCCCGCCGCAGCACACUUGCCGAUAACGGCGUCGAGGGCCAGCCCAUUAGCCUCGUCGACUACGUAGCCGACUGCGAAGACCACGGGAACCCGACUAUUCUGGCCAUCAAGAUUGGCACCACGUUCCGCAACGUCGACGCCGGCUCCAACCUCACUGUGUCUCUGCAGUGGGUGCCGCCGUACCCGCCUGCCAAGCGCAUCGGCGUCACGGAGCUCGUCCGGUCCUUUUUUGGCCGCGGCAGCGGCGCCCCCCCCAACUCGGCCGACCCUAGCAUCCCCGACACCGUGCCCUACUCGGCCGACAACCUGGCGCGCUUUGCACUCUUUGGCUACCUGGAGCCAUUCAACGCGGACGCGGCCCAGACAGAGAAGCUCAAGAACUGCUACAUCAAGAAGCACCCGGAUAGCAAGUACUGGCUGCCGGGCAACCACAUCCACACGAGCGAGUGGGCGCGUCUGGUCGUGACCAAGGUAUACUGGGUCGGCGGAUUCGGCGAUCGUGCCUACAUCGGAUGGAUUCCGGUCGAUGAGUGGAACAGAGUCAAGGAGGAGGAAUGGAAGGCCAUCAAGCUGCCCGGCGAGACCAGGGGCUGGUCCGAGUGGAACGCGUAUGAUAACCAGGAGCUGUAA